UGCAUGAGCUCUCUCUUCCUGCCGCCAUCCACAUAAGAUGUCAUUUGCUCCUCCUUGCCUUCCACCGUGAUUGUGAGGCCUCCCCAGCCAUGUGGAACUUUUGAGUGAGCCACAGGGGUGUACUUCUGCAGCCAAGUUGAAGCUGUUAUCACAACCUUGGGCAGAUGACCAGAGAAAAUACAAAGGAGGAGGCAAGUAGGAAACGUGUAUUAAUUUCUUUUUUUAAAAAAGGCUUAAUUUGGGGCUGGGGACGGGCGCGGCGGCUCACACCUGUAAUCUCAGCACUUUGGGAGGCCGAAGCAGGUGGAACACUUGAGGUCAGGAGUUCGAGACCAGCCUGGCCAACACUAUAAAACUCCGUCUCUACUGAAAACACAAAGAUUAGCUGGGCGUGGUGCCGCGUGCCUAUAAUCCCAGCUACUGGGGAGGCUGAGGCAGGAGAAUCACUUGAAUCCGGGAGGUGGAGGUUGCAGUGAGGUGGAGGUUGAGAUCGUGCCACUGCACUCCAGCCUGAGUGACUAUAGCUUUGGCAACAGAGCGAGACUCCAUCUCAAAAAAAAUUUGCUGCUGGGCAUGGUGGCUCACACCUGUAAUCCUAGCACUUUGGGAGGCUGAGGGGGAGGAUCACUUGAAGCCAGGAGUUCGAGGCUCCAGUGAUCUAUGAUUGUGUCAUUGCACUCCAGCCUGGGUGACAGAAUAAGACCCCAUCUCUAAAAUAAAAUAAAAUAAAAUACACACAAAAUAGCUUAAUUUUUAUUUACAACAGAAGUUACUUGUCUUGGAAGCCAGGCACGCACGUAAAUCUCACAGAAGGGUGGCUGUCUUCCUUCUCCUGGCCUCCCUGCCUCCUCCCACAAGGCUUCCUGAUUCUCUUCUCCCUUCCCCUCUGCGGUUCCCUCCCUCCCACCCCCUCUCCCUGCACAUUUCUUUACCUUGGAGCCUGUCCCAUCUCUCCCUCCCUCUUCCUCCCUCCCACACCCUCUGACCACCCCACUUCUUCCCCUCCCCUCACACUUCCCUCCCUCCCUUCUCUCCUCUCCUCCCCACUGCGCCUCCCUCCCUCCUGGCCUUCUUCCUUUCCCCAACUUUACAGACCUCUCUUCCCCCAGGGCUCCCUCCUCCUCCUCUCCGCCCCCUCCGGGCUCGGCUCUCCCAGGAGGCUACGACUCCGGGUGGAGCCACUGGCCCCGCAAGGAUCCCCGCGUCCUCGGUCGCCGCGUCCAAGUCCCUCUCGCGUCCCCGCCCGGCGCCACGCCGCCUCCUCUGGGUUCGGUCUCCUCGCUGUGCAGCGCAGUCUCAGGCCGCGGGACAAGCUCGACUUAAAUCUCUGCAAUGGCUAACGAAGCCUAUCCUUGUCCGUGUGACAUUGGCCACAGACUUGAGUAUGGAGGGCUAGGCCGUGAAGUUCAAGUCGAGCACAUCAAGGCUUAUGUCACCAAAUCCCCCGUUGACGCAGGCAAAGCUGUGAUUGUCAUUCAAGAUAUAUUUGGCUGGCAGUUGCCCAAUACCAGAUAUAUGGCUGACAUGAUCUCAGGAAAUGGAUACACAACCAUUGUUCCAGACUUCUUUGUAGGGCAAGAGCCUUGGGACCCCUCUGGCGACUGGUCCAUCUUCCCUGAGUGGCUGAAAACAAGAAAUGCCCAGAAGAUUGAUAGAGAGAUCAGUGCUGUCUUGAAGUAUCUGAAACAAGAGUGUCAUGCCCAGAAAAUUGGCAUCGUGGGAUUCUGCUGGGGUGGAAUUGCUGUCCAUCAUUUGAUGGUGAAAUACUCAGAAUUCAGGGCAGGGGUGUCUGUCUAUGGCAUCGUCAAGGAUUCUGAAGACAUUUACAAUUUAAAGAACCCCACCUUGUUCAUUUUUGCUGAAAAUGAUGUUGUGAUUCCACUCAAGGACGUAUCUUUGCUGACUCAGAAGUUGAAAGAACACUGCAAAGUUGAAUAUCAAAUUAAAACAUUUUCUGGGCAGACUCAUGGGUUCGUGCAUCGGAAGAGAGAAGAUUGCUCACCUGCAGACAAGCCCUACAUUGACGAGGCGAGAAGGAAUUUAAUUGAGUGGCUGAACAAGCACCUGUAGCAAGAAUCCAGGGCGAGCCUUCCUAGAAUAGCUUUCACCCCCAAAUUUGCUUGGAAAUACUUAGAUCAUUUGGUUUAAUUUUCACUUUUAUAAAAUAAGUGUAGGAAUCCUAAAAUUCAUUAUUUCAUUUGAAACACAAAUUCAGUAGGAUGUAAUGCAUGAGAUAAUUUAAUUUUUAACAUGUACAUCAAAUCAUAAUUUAAAAACAAGGUCUGACCGGGUGUAGUGCCUCAUGCCUUUAAUUCCAGCACUUUGGGAGGCCCAAGUGGGUGGAUCACCUGAGGUCAGGAGUUUGAGACCAGCCUGGCCAACAUGGUGAGACCCCCAUCUCUACAAAAAAUAGAAAAAUUAGCCUGGUGUGGUGGUGCACACCUGUAGUCCCAGCUACUUGGGAGGCUGAGGCACAAGAAUCAGUAGAACCCAGGAGGUGGAGACUGCAGUGAGCCAAGAUCAUGCCACCACUGUACUCCAGCCUGGGCAACAGAGUGAGACCCUGUCUCAAAAAUAAAUAAGUAAAUAAAUAAAUAAAAUAAAAUAAAAUAAAAACCAGAUCAGUACUUGGAGAAUUUGAAUGAUAGAGAAUGAUAGAGUAAUACCCUAAUUACUAGUUAAAACCUACAGGCUGGGUGUGGUGGCUCACGCCUGUAAUCCCAGCACUUUGGGAGGCCGGGGCGGGUGGAUCACUUGAGGUCAGGAGUUCAAGACCAGCCUGGCCAACAUGGUGAAACCCCAUCUCUACUAAAAAUACAAAAAUCAGCUGGGCAUGAUGGCAUGUGCCUGUAAUCCCAGCUACUCAGGAGUCUGAGGCAGGAGAAUCACUUGAACCCAGAGGCAGAGGUUGCAGUGAGUUGAGAUUGCGCUACUGCACUCCAGCCUGGGCAAUAGAGGGAGACUCUGUCUUAAAAAAAAAAAACCUACAGGUGUUCAAGGACCAGCUGACAGGUCAAAUGUGGCCUUUUCUGGUCUUUGAACACAUCAUAGAAAGUGACAAAUGCUGCAAAGCCAUGAAGAACAUGAACUAUAAACUGGGGUAGACUAACUGUCCAGCUUAGACACUUAUCUAUGCCACAAAACAGCUGAAUUUGUCACAUUUAUGUAUUGCAAUAUGGGAAGUAUUGAGAUCAAAACAGGAUUCCAUUGACCUAAUUAUAUUAAGCUAAUAAACUAAUUUUUUGAAUUUU